AUGUAUGCUGUGACCAUUAGUGAGGAGGGUGACUGUUACCGGUGUUUCCCGCCCGACCCGGGCAUUGGUACUGAUGCUCCAGGUGCCAGUGAGGCUUCUGCUCUAGGUGCCAGUGCGUCUGUGCUCUCAGGUGCUCGUGAGACUGCUCUCUCAGGUACUAGUGCGUCUGCGCUCUCAGGUACUGCGUCGGCUUCGGCCUCCCACACCUUCACUCUUGACUCUGGAGCGUCUCGCUCUUUCUUUCGGGACCGCACCACACUUACGCCGCUUAGUCGGCCGGUUGCGGUUUCCCUGGCUGACCCCUCUGGGGGUCCUGUCCUGGCUCGCUUCUCCACGGUCCUCCCGUGUCCGGCGGCUCCCUCUGGCACCUUGUCUGGUCUCUACCUCCCCUCGUUCUCUACGAACUUGGUGAGUGGUGCUGACCUACAGGAUGUGGGAGUCCACCAGUUCACCCCUGCUAGUCGGCGAGUGACGAACUGCACGGAGGCUAGCACGGGUCGUCACCUGGCUACGUUUACACGUCAGCCAGGGUCGAGCCUGUACACACUGACCACUGCUUCUCCUCCAGGUGCUGAGUCUGGUAGAGUCCCUUCGUCUGGUCAGGUGUUUGCUGCAGCGUCCAGGUCUGGUCCUGAGUCUGCCCCCUGUUCGUGUCGCCGUCUGUCUCACGAGACCCUCCUCUGGCACCACCGUCUUGGCCACCCCUCCCUGCUUCGGCUCAGAGGCAUGGCCUCCCGUCUUCUUGUGUCUGGUCUCCCCCGGUCUCUACCUCCCCUUCCUCAGAGCCUUGGCCCUGCCUGUGUCCCCUGUGUCGAGGGGCGCCAGCGUGCUGCCCCUCACUCCUCCCAGUUUCCUCCGACAGAGGCUCCGUUGCAGACGCUUCACAUGGACGUGUGGGGCCCUGCCCGCGUCCGUGGACAGGGUCACGAGUGCUACUUCCUGCUGGUGGUUGACGACUACUCGCGUUACACCACACUCUUCCCCUUGCGCAGCAAGGGUGAUGUCACUGAGGUGCUGAUCGACUGGAUCCGCGCAGCUCGUCUCCAGCUCAAGCAGAGCUUUGGCUCGGACUUUCCUGUGUUGCGUCUGCACUCGGACAGAGGCGGAGAGUUCUCCUCUGGCCUUCUGCGUGCCUACUGUCGUGCGCGAGGCAUCCGCCAGACCUUCACGCUUCCGGACUCCCCGCAGCAAAAUGGGAUUGCAGAGCGCCGCAUUGGCAUGGUCAUGGACGUCGCUCGUACGUCCAUGAUGCAUGCGGCUGCCCCCCAUUUUCUGUGGCCGUUUGCGGUCAGGUACGCAGCGCAUCAGAUCAACCUCCACCCCAGGGUCUCCAGGCCGGAGACCUCCCCAGCGCUGCUGUGGACGGGGAAGGUUGGCGAUGCGUCGGCGUUCCGGGUCUGGGGAUCUCGGGCGUUUGUCCGCGACUUGUCUCCGGACAAGCUGUCCCCUCGCGCUGCUCCCUGCGUCUUCCUGGGGUUCCCCCCCGACGCCCCUGGGUGGCAGUUCUACCACCCCACCUCUCGACGUGUUCUGUCCUCCCAGGACGUCACGUUCGACGAGUCGGUACCCUACUACCGCCUCUUCCCCUACCGCACUCCGUCCCUCCCCCCGCCCCUGCUCUUCUUGGUACCAGGUCCCCCCCCGGUAGACCCCCUCCCCCCUCAGGGUCCUGCCCCUUCAGGUGUGUCCCAGGUAGACGCGGUCGAGCCUGUCGAGGUCACUGGUGACUCUGGUGCUGCUGCGGGAGCUGAGCCUGGGGGUGCUGAGACUGGAGGUGCUACGCCUGCGGGUGCUGAGCCUGGGGGUGCGGAGUCUGGAGGUGCUGAGCCUGGGGGUGCUGAGCCUGGGGGUUCUGAGCCUGGGGGUGCUGAGCCUGGAGGUGCUGAGCCUGGGGGUACAGAGCCUGGGGGUGCUGUGCGUGGGGGUGCUGAGACUGGGGGUGCUCCGCCUGGAGGUGCUUCGUCUCGCCGAGAGCCACUCUCCCCUCAGGAGCUACGUGAGUGGUUUGCCAGGCGCUGGAGGCGUGCUGCUGGUGCUGGAGGUUCUUCGGCUGCAGAGGGUACUGCUGCCGAGCGUCGCGGCGGUGCUCGUACUGUGGGUGCUGGAGCUGCUGGGUCUGAGGGUUCUCCUGGAGCUGGUGCUGCUGAGGGUGUUGACGCUGAGACUGCCGCUGGAGGUCCGACUGGUGGUGCUCCUGGUGGUGCUGCUGGAGGUUCUGGAGCUACUGGAGGUGCUGCUGGAGCGGGUACUCCUGCUUGGGGUACUAGUGCAGUCCCUGCUGUUUUUGGCGUCGCCGCGCGGCCCCGGCCGUACUUCGUUCCGCUCCUGCAGCAGGUUCUUGGUCUUACACCUUCUCCUGGUCCUCCUCCUCCUCCCUUAGAGGGUCCACAGCUUGUCUCGUCACAGUCACAGCUACAGCCUGCCUCACCUUUGCCUGCUCCUUCUCCCUACGCUGGUCCGACUGGACGUCUUACUGAGCGUCGUGAGCCUGCGUCUCGUCCUGCGUCGCCUGUUCGUACUGCGCGCACUAGUGGUCGUGGUUCGCGACAGCGUCCGCCUCCUGUCCCUGGCACGCACCGGAUGUCUCUACGUCCGUCUACUGCUCCUCUGCGUGCCCCUUUGCCUUCUCCUCCUGCUUCCUCUCUUCCUGCUCUUGCCGACCAGGAGUCGGACUCUCUUCGUGCUGCCAGUCCUACUGUCACGCGUCUUCUUGCUACUGCUGUCACUGACCCUUCUUUCGAGUCUUCUGCUGCGUCUGCCCUUAUCGCUGAGCUCGUCGACUUUGCUGCGCGCUGUCGUCUAGACUACGCUGCUAGUCUUGUCGCUGAGUCUGAGUCUGCCUGUCCUCCGUCCGUCGGGGGUGAGUGUGCCCUUGGCACGGACGUCCUUGAGAAAAGGCAGGAGGAGUUCCAGUGUCUGGCCGCCGCUUCACCUCAUCUCGCGUUUGUACUGCUAGCCCCUGAGGGAGACCCGGAUGCACUAGACAUCCCGACUCCGCGCUCUUACGCGGAGGCGAUAGAGGGUCCCUACUCCUCUCAGUGGGUGAAGCGGCCGCGGGGUUCUCUGCCUGUCUUCAAGGCGCGUUACGUGGCUCGUGGCUUCAGUCACCGGCAGGGGGUUGACUACUUUUAG